AUGUCACAAUCUACUACUACGACUUCUCACUUUUCUUCCUCAAUACCACAUAGCCUAAUGGAACCGAGUAGAUGCCAUCACUGCGGUACAAUAGGCCACAAGAAGUUCGAUUGCACCGAGAGGUGCAAAGUUUGGUGCAACUGGUGUGGGAAUCCCCCCGCACGCCGACCUCCUGCUGUUGGCAAGGGUGGACAGGAUGUGCCUCAGAGACAAGGAAGUGGAAAUGGGAGAAACGCUGUUAAUGUUUCCGGCCCUAAUAAUGCUAGUAAACAAGUACAACAGGUGUCGCUAGGUUGGCCCUUGUUGCAACCUCCGCAACAACAAACACCGCCACCUCAAUCUCAUCAACAUCAAUCAUCAAUAUUUACGCCCCCUCCUCAACUUUGUCCUUCUCAACCAUUUCACAUGCAACAACCAACGUCAAAUAUACUUAUUCCUCAGAAUAUCCGGCCUGUUCCUCAAUUUGCUCAAAAUCAAGUUCCAAUAAUUAAUCAUGUCAACAAUAUAUUACCUCCUCUACCCGCACCAACAGUCCAAUCAACAUUUAGUCAACAGCGGCUUUCAAGUUGGACAACUCAGAUGCCACAGCAACCGCGGACAUUCGAUCUCCCUAACCAAGUAGAUCAAUCGUUGCAGCGUCCACCGACUCAGUCAUCACAAUCUUUUACCGCUGAUCGUACGGAUCAACAACCGCGGCGUCUUGAUCGUUCGAAUGCCGAGGUUGUGAACAAACUGAUAGCAAUGAAAGAGCAAAUAGAAAAGGGACUGCAUCCGACGAUUAAACCAGGAAUAAAAAGUGGGGUAACGACUAAAAGCUACACAAUAACCCAGAGUAUAGAAUCAGCACAUUCUAACGCGUUCUUCACAUCUAUAGAUGAUCGAAUUAAAUCAUCAACAAAAGAGAACACGAAGCUGGAGUCAUUUGUUGAUGUGAAGUUAGAUAUUCCUAAUCCAUUAUCAGAACCUGAGACCGUAUUUUCUUCUACUCCCAUUCCUUUUCCUUCAAAUUCCCAAACUGCAAGGGAUUCCAAUUACGAUAAAAUAUUUCGCGCUCCAAGGACUAAAUCUGUUGACUCUCCAUCUGACAGAGAUCGUCGGUUUACGCUUCGCACAGGAUCAUUUCCGUCACCCCUUGCGAGUGAUUAUUACUCUAAUCCUGAACACAAUCGGUUGGAUCUUGAUCGGAACGUAUUCGAACAUAGAACUAGUAGAUCACGUAGUCCUAAGCACAAUUUACGUGAUUAUCGUGAGUAUAGCCGUUCUCCCGCCUCUACAAGGCAUUGUGUGAAACCCAUGUCCGAAUAUGAUGAAAAAUAUUGUAGUCGUGAUGCUCUACCUGAAUAUAGAGACAAGGAUUAUCCCCGUCCUCAGGUUUUCGAAGAUCCUGGGAAUUAUUAUCCCUAUCCACCUGAACGUUACAACGAGAAGUAUGAUGAGAGAGGACAUAAUAAAAAUUACUUACGUGAUCCAAUGAUGAGAAGAUCUAGAUCACCGCCAUUUUAUCAUUAUAGUCGACGUAUGGAUGAGAGUGGCAAUGGAUGGUAUGGAAAUGGAUUGUAUGACAGAGAGUAUCAAAGACAAGGAAUAUAUCAUGAAUCGCCAAGGGAUGACAGGUAUGAACAUAGAGAGAGAGAAUUCCCAAUGAGAGAUAUUGAUAGAGAAUAUCCCGAAAGAGAGAACUCCAAAAUCAUGGAAUAUGAUUACGGUAUGAGCAGGAAGAGAUGGCAUUAG